AUGGAUUUCAAUCACCCUUCUUCAGAGUCAGAGUUCAGAAUUGUCACUAAUAAUGAAGAAGAAAUAGAAGAAGAAAUGGCGGCAGCAGUAUUGGAUGUGCAUAAAUCAAUGAUGGAAAUGCAAACAACACAUAAGGAAGAGCUUGCUUCCAUGAAAAAGAUGUACAAGGAAAAGCUUGCUUCCAUGCAAGAAAAGCUUGCUUCCAUGAAAGCAACACACAAGGAAGAGCUUGCUUUCAUACAAGAGAUGUACGAGGAAAAUCUUGCUUCUAUGCAAGAAAAGCUUGCUUCUAUGCAAGAGAUAUAUGAGGAAAAGCAUGAUUCCAUGCAAGAUAUGCAAGAGGAAAAGCAUUCUAUCCAAAAGAUGUACAAGAAAAAGUUUGCUUUUAUGCAAGAGAUGGAGGAAAAGCUUGCUUCUAUACAAGCAACACAAACUUUCGAGAGAGCUUGCUUUAUUCUUCUUAUUGGAAUUAUAAUCGCAGAUUUUCUUUUCACAUAA